CGAGUGCAGGUGACCUUGGCCUGGCCAUCAUCCUCGCCCUUUUCACCUUCCGCGCAUACCGUACCUUGCUCAGUCCACCUCCUCCUCCAUCUUCUUCAGACUUUUAGUGUUUCCGACAUUCGCUUCAAGUUCUCCGUUUUCUACUUCCACUUCAGGUUGUGUUGCCGAUCGACUAUUGUCCGUUGCUGCUGGGAUACAUAGAGGUACCUAUACCGACCAGGUAUUCAUCCAGUCAGGGGGAGGUACCUAGUCUUGGUCUCUUUCCACCCGACCCACGUCACGCCUGUUUCCUGAGAACCUCAAGGUUAUUAGGUUGUCACUUCUCUUAGGUUGUGCUUCGUUGCUUUGGGAUUCCCUACCCUGCUCUCUUCACCUUCUGAUCAUAUACUCCAUACACCCCGCACACACACACACUACACCGAGGGACCCUUCAAGUUAUACCUGGUCGUUAAAACGUUGAUCACCGCCUUUGGUUGCACGACAAAUCCAGUACCGGAAACAACAACACCACGGGCCCCACUCCGGUCGGCCAGUCUCCAGAUCCCCGAGAUCCCUUCCCCCCUAGAGGUAACGACCCUCCCCUGUGGUUCCCUUGGCCCUGCACGAGCACAGCUAGGCGCAACACUACAACCACUAGACAACGGCCCACCCUAUUUUACCAGUCAGAUCACGACGACCAGCACCUAUACCUACCGCUACCGCCCCCCAGAAGCCGCCCUCCAACUUUCUUUCUACGCUUUUUUUCCUUUCGCCUCAAUUCCCAUCUUUCACUUCUUUGCGUCCACAGCCGCACCCGUUUUGCCCCUCCAACCGCGCGUCAGCCUCGCAAUCCCUACCGCCCCAUAUUUCCACGCCUCCCAGCCCCAGGGACAUAUACAACUCUCCCUCGGGUUCCUACGACAGUCCCACGUCUUUCAAUGCUUUAGUUGCCCUGUCUCGACGGACGCCUGGUGCCUUCUUGUCAAGUUACAUACACUAUACUUUUCCGGCUCGCUUUUCGACAAGCUCUUCCUUCAAACAUCAAACUCGAGUCAACGUACCUUAUCAAUUCUCAUCAUCAUCACCAUCACCACCAUGUCUUCUCUUCCUCCCGACCCGUGGCAGGUCCUCGGCAUCGCAAAGACGGCAGACAAGACCGAGAUUCGGACAGCAUACCGAAAAUUAGUCCUCAAGUGCCAUCCAGACAAGGUGCAAGAUCCGACUCUGAAAGCUGAGAAGCAAGAUGAGUUUCAAAAAGUCCAGCAAGCAUAUGAGCUUCUCAACAACGACGAAGAGCGGGCAAAGUAUGAGCAUCAGGUUCGAAUGAGUGAACUCAACCAACAAAAGGCACGGGCUGCCUCAAAGAGCGCGGCUCAUUCCCCAGCUGCUCGAUCAUCUCCCAGGCACAAGGAGUUCGCUUUCAGCAGUACGCCAGAGCGUGCCUCGCACAGGACAACGACAUCAACCAGGGAGAAGAUGUACUUUCAGCCCUCGCGCUCUCACGAAGAAGUUCCUACUGCUCGCUUCGCCGACAUGAACUUCAACGAAGAGAGACGUGCUCGUCGGGCAACUAGCUAUGAGAAGCAACCAAGACCCGAGGACGAAAGGCCCUCAAGGCGCGAAGAGGAAAAGGCACCCAGACGUGAAGAUGAAAGGCCCGCGAGGCGCGAGGAGGAGAAGCCAUUGAGACGAGAAGAAGAGAAGUCGAAGGACAAGCGCAAGGAUGAAGAGGAGAAGAAGGCAAGACGCCAGAGGGACUUGGCCAGGGAGUUGGAAGAAAUGACUGAUCCCGGCCGCAAGGCGGAGAAGAAGAAGACGGACAGGGAACGGGAGAGACCCGAGAAGGAACGAAAAUUGGAGGAUAAAUCCCGGCGGCACAAGGGUCCCUCAAUUGAAGUCAUGGAGGAGCCCGAGGAGCCUCCCAAGUCAGACAAGAAAUCUGCAAAGUCUUCGAGUAAGAAAUACACCGAGACUAAGGAGCGUGAACGAGAUGGCUCCCGCUCCCGCGAAUAUGAUUUUGGGCGAGAAAAGUCGGCCUCUCGUCCCGCUGCCGGUUUUGUUGCCGAUGACCCGCUGGAAAAGGCAAGGCUAUACAUCCAGAACAGGGGUACCAAAGUUCGAGACGAACGAAUUCCGAAGCUUGGGAGAUCCCAAACCGAAUUCUGGAGUUAUAAGCCAGAAGUGCCCCGUCCGUCCCCUGCCGACUACGACGAAGAAGAAGUCCCGCGAUCAUCUGGUCGACCCCGUCGAUGCUCCCAUGAGGCGCCACCAAGGUCUAAGGAGGGCCCGAACAUCAUCCCUGUUUCGCCUCGCCUUGCUCCGACGAAUUCUCGCCCUAAUCCGAUCAAUGUCAAGGCUUCGAAGACUCAUGCUGUCCCUUCGCCUCUGAAUUCUCCCUCUCGCAUGCAACGAUCAGCAACAACCAAUGAUAUACAUUCCGGACAUCAGUUUCAUCCACCGCCCAUGACACGACACACUACAUGGGCUCCUAGCUCCGACCGUCAUUUCGAUAAAGUCUACCCUAACGACUCGGAUGAUGAUUACGGACGCCAUCAUCGUUCACGCUAUGCGGAUUCCCCUUCUGAUGGUGUUCGGUACAAAGCGGAUGGGGGCAGAAGCUCGAGGCGCGAUGAACCAACAUAUCCCCAGGCUUACUCGCGAGGAACUUCCGCCACACGAGUUCCUCCUGAAAUGUACGGAUCUGCACGCAUGUACUCGACUUCGGGUAUGAAGGUGAAAGAAGGCAAGACAUUCACUACGACUGACGUGAAAUACGCCGAUAUACCCUAUCCUCAUCGAGCCUAUCCUUCAGUACCUUCAUACUAGAACGUGACUUGAGGCAUUCUGAACCCGACAACUUUGUUUUUCUGUUUCUCUGGACUUCCAGUUCUCUUCUUUCGGCAGGUGUUUUCAAGGGCUUGCAUUGAUCGGGUCAUCGGGGUACGGUGUUUGGUUUGGGGAUCAAUUGGUCAAUUUUCUGCUUUUAUACUACUCAUAUAUGGGGAACGAAACCCGGUAAAGAGACAGUAACGACACGUCCAUGUUUCACACAUCGCAUGGUAUGGGAUUUAUUGGGAUACGAUCUGGGCACGAGAUAGAGGACUCAAAGCCAUGGCAAGGAGAGGAAACGGGAUGCGUGGGAACGCUCUGGGACAAUGGUCAAGGACAGCAUCGGGAAAUGUAGCGCAUGAUGAUGAAGCAAUAGGAAUUUCCAUCUUGGGGUUCACUCGUUUUUUUUGGUCUGAUUUUUGGUUGUAUCUAAGGCACGGGAAUGACGACGUAACGUACUUCUUACAAACAUACCAACGUUUUGGAUACCCUAGACUUGUACUAUCAAGGAAAACCCU